AUGGUUGCGGCGCUGUUUGGUUGCUGGUUUCGUGUGGGCGGGGCCCGCUCUGCGUUGGUAGGCCCGGUCAUCCCGGUCGGUCGGACUGUGGUACAAAUCUCCAUGAGCCGGUCCCAGGUGGUCCUGCUGGGCCUGGGUCUGUUGCUUAUCCUGUUGCUGUAUGUGGGGCUGCCGGGACCCCCUGAGCAGACUUCGUGGCUCUGGGGAGACACCAAUGUCACAAUCCUGGCUGGUCUCACCCCUGGCAACUGUCCCAUCUUUUACCGUGAGGUGCUUCCGCUGCCCCAGGCUCGCAGGGUGGAAGUGGUGCUGCUCCAUGGAAAAGCCUUUAACUCGCACACAUGGGAGCAGCUGGGCACACUGCAGCUACUGUCUCAGAGGGGCUACCGCGCCGUGGCCAUUGACCUCCCAGGUUUUGGGAACUCAGCACCUUCAGAAGAAACCCGCACAGAAGCAGGGCGGGCAGAGCUGCUGCAGCGGGUGCUACGGGACCUGAAAGUGCACAAUGCCGUGUUGGUGAGCCCCUCGUUGAGUGGCCACUAUGCCCUGCCCUUCCUGAUGCGAGACCAUCAGCAGCUGCAUGGAUUUGUGCCUAUUGCACCCACCUCCACCCAGAACUAUACCCAGGAGCAGUACUGGGCAGUGAAGACCCCAACCCUCAUCUUAUAUGGGGAGCUGGACCACAUUCUGGCACGGGAGUCACUGAGGCAGCUUCGACACCUGCCCAACCACUCUGUGGUGAAGCUACGCAAUGCGGGCCAUGCCUGCUACCUCCAUAAACCACAAGACUUCCACCUUGUCCUCCUUGCCUUCCUUGACCAUCUGCCUUGAACUCACCAAUUGGCCGAUGCCAGGGUGCCAAGCCUGGUCAG